CUCACACUGGAAUACGUAUGGUCAUGCACGAGGUAUUAAAUUUGGUGUAUUAAUAGUUGGUCUCCUAUAGGGGGUUGUACGCAAAUUAUUUGGAGAAGUUAGUUUGACUGAAGAGCAACUAGCCAACGUCACAAAUGUCCAUAAAGACUGCAUCCCACUGUAAGACAAGACAGCGCUACUGGCAUUUGAGUGACCUGUCUCUUUAAGUCGGUGUCAAAGCCGAUUAACGGUGAUCUCGGUUGUGAUUCCGUUAUCACCGUCUGUUGUCUGAAUCUUUUUUGGUUUUAGAUUGCCAACCAUAGCAAAACGUACGUUUUUAUGUAUGGCCCUCCUCUCUCGACGUCGCCAGUUGUAGCAGGCCAUGAGCGCGGUUUCAAGCUAAAAGGUAAGCUACUACUUUGUCAAAGUUUGGAUCAUGGAUACCUCGGCUAGCCGCCUGUUUUGGGAGUGAUUUGGUCGUGUGACGCGCGCUCCAUCACCGACACCUUGCUUUUAGUAGUAAACGGGAUCCCUCAAGAAUUGGACAGUAGAUGUAAUGCUUCUCUGGUCGCUCUUUCGACUCAAGACGCACAGAAAAAGGUAGAUAACCGUAAAAUGCAGAAGAGCGUGCGUUACAACGAGGGGCACGCUCUGUAUCUGUCGGUGGUCGCGCGGAAAGAGGGCUCCAAGCGAGGCGUCCUGAGCAAGAAGACGACCGAGAACAGCCGCUGGAGCGACAAGUUCUUCGCCCUCUACCAGAACCUGCUCUUCUACUUCGAAAACGACCAGAGCACGCGACCCUCGGGGAUAUACCUGCUCGAGGGAUGCACGUGCGAGAGAUCUCCCGCGCCUAAAGUGCCCUCCUCCGUCAGCAAGGAUCCCGUGGAUAAACUGCAGCAGCAGCACUACUUCCUGGUGGUGUUUGGUCACGAUGGACAGAAGCCUCUGGAGCUGCGGGCAGAGGAGGAGACGGAGUGUACAGAUUGGGUGGAGUGCAUCCAGCAGGCCAGCUACUCGGACGUCAUGGUGGAGCGGGAGGUGCUGAUGCAGAAGUACAUCCACCUGGUGCAGAUCAUGGAGAUGGAGAAGGUGGCGGCCAAUCAGCUGCGCACACAGCUGGAGGACCAGGAGACGGAGAUAGAGAGGCUGAAGUCGGAGGUGUUGGUGUUGAACAAAUCCAAGGAGAGGUUGCGACCGUACCAGAAUAACCAAGAAGAGGACCCUGAUAUCAAAAAGAUCAAAAAGGUUCAGAGCUUCAUGAGGGGCUGGCUGUGCCGCAGGAAGUGGAAGCUGAUCGUGCAGGACUACAUCAGCUCGCCGCACGCCGAGAGCAUGCGCAAGAGGAACCACAUCGUGUUCAACAUGGUGGAGGCGGAGACUGAGUACGUGCACCAGCUCUCCAUCCUGGUCAACUGCUUCCUGAGGCCCCUGAGGAUGGCCGCCAGCUCCAAGAAGCCCCCCAUCAGCCACGACGACGUCAGCAGCAUAUUCCUCAACAGUGAGACCAUCAUGUUCCUCCAUGAGAUCUUCCACCAGGGCCUCCAAGCCAGGAUAGCCAACUGGCCCACGCUGGUGCUGGCGGACCUGUUUGACAUCCUGCUGCCCAUGCUGAACAUCUACCAGGAGUUUGUGAGGAACCACCAGUACAGCCUGCAGGUGCUGGCCAACUGCAAGCAGAACCGGGACUUUGACAAGCUGCUGAAGCAGUAUGAGGCCAACGCGGCCUGUGAGGGCCGCAUGCUGGAGACCUACCUCACCUACCCCAUGUUCCAGAUCCCCCGCUACAUCAUCACCCUCCACGAGCUGCUGGCCCACACGCCCCACGAGCACGUGGAGCGCAAGAGCCUGGAGUUCGCCAAGUCCAAACUAGAGGAGCUCUCAAAGAUGAUGCACGACGAGGUCAGCGACACGGAGAACAUCCGCAAGAACCUGGCCAUCGAGAGGAUGAUCGUAGAGGGCUGCGACUUCCUGCUGGACACCAGCCAGACCUUCGUCAGACAAGGCUCUCUGAUCCAGCUGCCGUCCAGCAGUGAGCGGGGGGUGCUCAGCAAGGUGCGGCUGGGCUCGCUGUCCCUCAGGAAGGAAGGGGAGAGGCAGUGCUUCCUGUUCACCAAGCACCUCCUCAUAUGCACCCGCUCGUCUGGGGGGAAGCUCCACCUGCUCAAGCAAGGAGGAACCUUGUCCCUGAUAGAGUGCACACUCAUCGAGGAGGUGGACGCCAGCGAUGAGGACUUCAACGCAGCGGGCCAGGGCUCCAAUCACCUGGAGUUCAAGGUUGUGGUGGAGCCGACAGAAGGUCCAUCUUUCUCUGCCGUCCUAUUGGCUCCUUCGAGGCAGGAGAAGGCUGCCUGGACCAGUGACAUCAGUCAGUGUAUAGACAACAUCCGAUGCAACGGCCUCAUGACCAGUGUGUUUGAGGAGAACUCCAAAGUCAGUGUGCCUCAUAUGAUCAAGUCAGACGUCAGGCUCCAUAAGGACGACGUGGACAUCUGCUUCAGCAAGACGCUCAACUCGUGCAAGGUGCCGCAGAUCCGCUACGCCAGCGUGGAGCGUCUGCUGGAGCGGCUCACCGACCUGCGCUUCCUGUCCAUCGACUUCCUCAACACCUUCCUGCACACCUACCGCAUCUUCACCUCCGCCGCCGUGGUCAUCGACAAGCUGGCCGACAUCUACAAGAAGCCCUUCACCUCCAUCCCCGUCAGGGUGCAGUAUCAUUCGUCCGACCGCCUGUCCAUCACAUCCAUCAGUCCAGACUACAGUCUGAAGAUAACGCAGCUUGCUCUGGACCAGUCCAAGUCUCUGGAGCUGUUCUUCGCCACCAACCAGGGCGCGUGGGGGGGCGACACCCUGAACACCAAGUCCCCGAGGCUGUCCCGCAAGUUCUCCUCCCCCCCGCCCCUCUCCAUCCCCACCUGGAGCUCCUCCCCCGUCAGCUCCCGCAAGCAGUCCCUCAACUCCCCCGUCGGAGGCGGGGCCAAGGCCUGGGGGGCCGACCACUCCCCCACGCCCUCCUCCUCCGCCGCCAGCUCCCCCACCUCCACCCACUUCCCCGCCGUCUCCUCCCCCCCGCCCGGCUCCCCCCGGCCCCCCGCCGGCUUCUGCUCCUCGCCGCCCCCCACCGCCACCCGCUGCCCCGGCUUCCCCCUGCAGGCGGCCCCCCCCUCCUCCCCCCCGCCCACCAAGGCCCUGCUGGAGCUGAGCAGGGCGCCCGGCUCGCCGGACCCCCCCGGGGAGGACGUGAGCGGGGAGCUGCCCAGGAUGGACGCCUUCUGUGGGAAGCUGCGGCGCAGCAUCCGCCGGGCUGUCCUUGAGACCGUGUCCCUGGACAAGUUCAUCCCAGAGUCCCCGGCAACCAGCGAGUCUGGGGACCUGUCUCCCUGCCGCUCUCCCUCCGCCUCCAGACACAUGCGCUACAGACAGACAGGGGAGAACUCUCGCUGCGCUGUGUCCCCGGCCUCCGCCUUCGCCAUCGCCACUGCCGCCGCUAGUCAUGGCCCCUCCCAAGGAGUGUGUAGCUCAGAGAGGACGUGUGACAAGGAGUUCAUGAUACGACGGGCUGCCACCAACAGGGUCCUCAACGUGCUGCGCCACUGGGUCUCCAAGCACUUCCAGGACUUUGAUAUGAACAGUGAUCUGAAGUCGGGGGUUGUCUCUCUCCUGGACGAGGUGUUAAGAGACCCAGACCUGCUGCCCCAGGAGAGGAAGGCUACCACCAACAUACUGAGUGCUCUGUCUCAAGACGAACAAGAUGAAUCACAACUGAAGAUUGAGGACAUAUUGCAAAUGAAAAGCUGUCCUCUGCUCCACUUCAUUGUGGCAGAGUGUCCGAAGGCAGAGUGUUUGGAGUCUCUGUCUGCCAUGGAGCUGGCUGAGCAGAUCACCCUGCUGGACCACAUCGUGUUCAGGGGCAUCCCCUACGAGGAGUUCCUCGGGCAGGGCUGGAUGAAAGUGGACAAGACGGAGAGAACUCCGUACAUCAUGAAGACCAGCCAGCACUUCAACAACAUGAGUAACCUGGUGGCGUCCCAGAUCAUGGCCAACGCCGACGUGGGCUCGCGGGCCGGCGCCAUCGAGAAGUGGCUGGCGGUGGCGGACAUCUGCCGCUGUCUGAACAACUACAACGGCGUGCUGGAGAUCACCUCGGCCCUGAACCGCACCGCCAUCUACAGGCUGAAGAAGACCUGGGCCAAAGUCUGCAGACAGACUAAGUCCCUGAUGGACAGGCUACAGAAAAUUGUGUCGUCAGAAGGAAGAUUCAAGAAUCUGCGAGAGACCCUGAAAAACUGUAACCCACCGUGUGUGCCAUAUUUGGGCAUGUACCUCACCGACCUGGCGUUCAUCGAGGAAGGGACCCCCAACUUCACCGCAGAGGGUCUGGUCAACUUCUCUAAGAUGAGGAUGAUCUCCCACAUUAUCCGAGAGAUUCGCCAGUUUCAGCAGGCCCCCUACAGGAUAGAACACCAGACCAAGGUCACUCAGUUCCUGCUGGACAAGAGCCUGGUGAUGGACGAGGACACCCUGUACGAGCUGUCACUCAAGAUGGAACCCCGGGUGGCACCCAGCUGACCGGCCACACACAUGGAGAGAUACACACACACACACACACACACACACACACACACACACACACACACACACACACACACACACACACACACACACACACACACACACACACACACACACACACACACACACACACAUGGAGAGAUACACACACACACACACACACACACACACACACACACACACACACACACACAGAUAUGCACACAUACAUGUGUUAAUGCUCCCACACACACACACACACACAUGCACAAACACACAAAUGUACCUAUACACACACAUAUAUAUACACAUAUACAGAAAAUCACACACACUAUGACAGCCGCCUCAUGCCUGACCACUUAUGCCUUCUCUUUGGAAUAUGCAACUUUAGUAUUCUGCGAUGCGAGACUAAGAAGAACAACGUCUUGUAUGCCAAAAUCGGUCCUAUAGUUAUCAGUAUGACCUUCAUUGUGAAGAAAUAUAACGCAAAAUAUAUUUAGGAUGUGUAGAAAAUACACAGCUGCUUUUCCAAAAACUCAGGAGUAUUUUUCUCAUACAUUUAAAUUAUUUCUCAUCUCCGAGUUACUUACUUGAUAAUACUAGUAAUACUACUUAUUAUGUAGCAGCGGUACUGUAUUUAGAAGCACUUGUACUUUCCUGUUUUUUUCUACAUAACUACCUGAAAAUAUGUAAAAAACAGCAACAUUCUAGAUAUUCUAUUUAUGUGUGUCUGUGUGUGUGUUUCUGUGUGGAACAGGCCUUAUAGGUCUCUUAAUAUGUAUUCUAGCUAUUAUUUUAUGAAUAGAUGAUUGAGUUGAACUCACUUGUGUGUCAACCUUUUCAAUAAUCUCUGAAUGAAAUAUGUAGAGAAAAACAAAAUAAAUAAAAGUCAACUGGUAUAAUUUGGGAAUUUUAGAUUUGUAAUAAUGUGAAUAGAUUUAGCCUGAAUACAGUGUGUUUCUCAUCUGUAUUUUAGUCAACUUAAAUAACAUUUUGCUAAACUGUAGUACAGGAGUAUUCCAUUUAAAAGCACUGUUUUUGUACAUCACCUACUUUGUUACAAUGACUGUUACAGCCCCUUUUCCAUGCAACUUCACUUACAGAAUGUACAGAAAUCCCCCUAAUGUACAUAUAUUUACACUUAAAGUGUUGUAAAUAAAAACCCUCACAUCAAUUA